GAGACUGAGUCAGUCCAGAAGGAGGAUAUUUUUGCCGGUUUCGCAUCCGUGCUUGCUGUUUGCCCAUCACUGCAGUUUAUGGCACUGCAGAGACCCGUGUUGAGAGAAGCAGGAGAGUAAGGAGCUGACGCCGGGAGCGCCGGGGAAGUCUCAUUUUCUUUCCGCCGUGCCAAGUGCUUUGAGAUCCCCGCGACACAGCUUUGCCAGAGGAGCGGAGAGAGGGACACACACGCACACUCACACACACACUCACACACGCGAGACACGGGGACUUCUGUGGAACAGCAGCCGUGCGCAGGGAUCCAUCCCGCUGGAGAGCCCUGGCCUUUGAAGUGUUACGAGGAGGAGGAGGAGGAGUCACAUCGCAGGCCAAGGCAGAUGGGCAAGCAAUACAAGCUGUGAAUUUAUUCUUGAACCCCGUAGGACAGUGACCACCUUCAUUUUUUGUCUUCAACCUACAGAUAUGCACUGCCAAUAAGUGAAAAGGUCAAGAAAAGCAGUAGCUCUGUGGCUGAAUUUUUCAGAAGUGCUUUACAGCAGGGAAAGUGGGGAAAUCUCUUAACGUGGUGUUUUACUCAAUCCUGGAGCACAGGAAAAGAGUUUUAAUGCAAAACAUCAGAAAAAAAAGGCUGCAACAUCUCCUGUGAGAGAGGGGAAAAAAAGGAGAUUUAAAAUUGCAUCUUGAAACACUCAUAUGAUUUGAGCUGCCGCCUUGUUGCUCUCUGAGGAGGCACACGUUGAAGUUCAGAGGAAGCUCCCUCUCUCUAUAUUCGAAAGAGGAAAGCCAGUGAGGACCUGUGAGCAAUCCGGCACUUUCUGAAAGAUCUUCAUGCUAAAGGAUAAUCCAGAAUUCCCUGAAGAAGAACAUAGUGAAUGUUAAUCCAGAGGAGCCAUCGGAGAAUCGUGCUCACGGGGAGAUGAUUCCUCAUGAAGUCACUGGAUCCCUUGCAGAAAUCAAAUGUGACUUUCCGUUUAUCAGACUGAAAUCAGAGCCAGCCAGACAGUGAAGCAAGCACAGUGGAGGGGGGACGGCGAAAGAUGAAAUCCAACCAAGAGCGGAGCAAUGAAUGCCUGCCGCCUAAGAAGCGAGAAAUCCCUGCCACCAGCCUGCCUUCGGAGGUGAAGCCGGUCCUGCCAAACGAAAACCACCGUGCGGAUAACCUAGCAUGGCUCCCCAGCACACCCGGCGGCCAAGGCGGCCUGGGGACCCGGCACCGUCCUGGGGGGACAUCGUCGGUGGAGACGGGCUUGCAGCAGGGUUUGCACAAGUCGCUGUCUGCAGGGCUGGACUAUUCCCCGCCCAGCGCACCCAGGUCCGUUCCAGCCUCCACCACUCUCCCCACGGUGUACUCGCCCGCCCUCUCCCAGUCAGGGACCCCCGUUUCCCCCGUGCAGUACACCCACCUGCAGCACACCUUCCAGUUCGUCGGGCCCCAGUACAGCGGGUCGUACACCGGCUUCAUCCCCUCGCAGCUGAUUUCCCCAACAGCCAAUUCUGCGACCGGCGCCGUGGCAGCAGCCACGGCCGUUGCGACCACUCCAUCCCAGCGCUCCCAGCUGGAGGCUUAUUCCACUUUGCUGGCCAGCAUGAGCGGCUUAAGCCAGCAGGGGCACAAAGUUGAGCCGCACCUGGUCAGGACGCCUGGACUGAUCGCCGCCGGGUCUCCUCCACCCACCCAGCAGAACCAGUACGUCCACAUUUCCAGCUCUUCCCAGAGCACCGUCAGAAAUGUCUCUCCUCCAACCAUCCCGGUCCCCCUGCACCCCCAUCAGACGGUGAUCCCGCACACCCUCACCCUCGGUCCUUCCUCCCAAGUGGUGGUGCAGUACACCGACUCAGGGGGCCACUUUGUCACCAGGGACCCCCCCAAGAAGCCCGAGAGCAGCCGGCUGCAGGCAAUGCAGGCCAAGGAGGUGUUGAACGGCGAGAUAGAGAAGAGCCGGAGGUACGGCAUUUCGCCUUCUGCCGACAUGGGUCUAGUCAAAGCAGGCAAUAAACCAGCUCCCCAUCAUUACGAGACCAGGCACGUGGUGGUCCACUCGAGCCCCGCCGAGUACGGCGUGCGGGAUUCCUCAGGUGUCCGAGCCUCCGUUAUGGUAGUCCCCAACAGCAGCACGCCCACAGCAGACAUGGAGGUGCAGCAGGCCACCAACCGCGAGACCUCUCCCUCAGCCCUCAACGACAAGGCCAGCUUGCACUUGGGGAAGCCAACCCACCGGUCCUACGCCUUGUCUCCACAGCAGGCUCUGGGCCACGAGGGGGUGAAGGCGGUGGCCACGCUGUCCCCUCACACCGUCAUUCAGACCACCCACAGCGCCUCCGAGCAACUCCCCGUCGGGCUGCCGGCAACAGCCUUCUACGCCGGGACCCAGCCGCCGGUGAUCGGCUACCUGAGCGGGCAGCAGCAAGCCAUCGGGUACCCCGGCAGCCUGCCCCAGCACCUGGUCAUCCCUGGCACCCAGUCCCUGCUGAUACCCGUUGGGGGUGCGGACGUCGAGCCGUCGGGAGUCACGCCCGCCAUCGUCACGUCGUCCCCCCAGUUUGCAGCAGUGCCUCACACGUUCGUCACCACCGCCGUCCCCAAAAACGAGAACUUCAGCGCGGAGCCCCUCACCACCCAGCCCGCCUACCAGGCCACCAUGGUGCAGGCGCAGAUCCACCUGCCCGUGGUGCAGUCCAUCGCUUCCCCUGCCGCCGCGCCCCCCACGCUGCCCCCCUACUUCAUGAAGGGGUCGAUCAUUCAGCUGGCCAACGGGGAGCUGAAGAAAGUAGAGGACUUGAAAACAGAAGACUUCAUACAGAGCGCGGAAAUUAGCAACGACCUGAAAAUAGACUCCAGCACUGUGGAGAGGAUCGAAGACAGCCAUAGCCCAGGCAUUGCCGUGAUACAGUUUGCGGUCGGGGAGCACCGAGCACAGGUCAGCGUGGAAGUCUUGGUAGAAUACCCUUUUUUUGUAUUUGGACAAGGCUGGUCAUCCUGCUGCCCCGAGAGAACCAGCCAGCUCUUUGAUUUGCCAUGCUCCAAACUCUCGGUGGGGGACGUCUGCAUAUCGCUCACACUCAAGAACCUGAAGAACGGCUCUAUUAAAAAGGGCCAGCCCGUGGACUCAGCUAGUAUCUUGCUGAAGCAUUCAAAGAAUGACAGUCUAGCUGGAAGUAGACACAGGUAUGUGGAGCAGGAAAACGGGAUUAAUCAGGGAAGCGCACAGAUGUUAGCUGAGAACGGUGAACUGAAGUUUCCGGACAAAAUAGGAUUGCCUGCAGCACCUUUGCUCACCAAAACAGAACCCAGCAAGCCCCCAGCAACGAGGAAGAGGAGGUGGUCAGCCCCCGAAACACGAAAACUAGAGAAAUCAGAAGAGGAGCCACCUUUGACUCUUCCCAAGCCUUCUUUUAUUCCUCAGGAGGUUAAGAUUUGCAUUGAAGGUCGAUCCAACGUAGGAAAGUAAAAGUUGUUUGGGGAAAGGAAA